AUGCGUUUGCACGCCGGCAACCACAGUCCGGUCAUCCGACCUGGGGCGAGGGCUGGAGCUCACGAUGGUGUAACCGCUUCUGUUUUUUCGGAGGUCCAUCUAGCCGCAGCGUCUCCUCCCUCCUCAGCGCCGUUCCGGCCUGCGCACGGCACCGACAGACAGGGUCUUGUUCGCGGCAGAACCGUCCCAACAGUAGUUGACGCACCCCAUGACUCCAGAUUCCCUCUGUCGCUUGAAAUCGAGGGGGUGCAGACGGGAGAGGAGGUGGUGGUGGACGUGCCGUCCGUGCGACAGCGCAGCAGCACCAGCUCCAUCUCAAACGAUACGGCACAGCUGCAGAGGCUGCGCCGCCAGCUGGAAAAGGUGACAGCAGACCUCAAGGCCGCGGUGAACACGAAUCGCCGACAGAAGCAGGCGCAUCAACAGCAGCGGGAGAAGUGGCUCGUGCUUUCCAACGAGAGCGAUGCUCGUCUGCUUAACGUACAGUCCAACCAGGAGAGCCGAGAGCGGCUCCUUUGCAGCGAGCUCCGUGACGCCAUCGCGCAUCUGCUCGGCGAGUUCAAAGCUCAGGCGUUGAAAGAGCGCGCCGCCGAUCAGGCACACGCGGGCGACAAGGCUGAGUGGGACGCAAAGCACGCCGUGCUUCUGAGCGAACUGGAGGCUGCGAGGGCGGCGCUGGCCACUCAGGUCACCGCCGCCAACUCGGCCGACACCCAUAAAGAAGAGGCUGAUCAACUUCGCGCCGAGCUGGAGGCCCUGCGGCGCAGCUCGGGGGAUCAACAACGAAGCUUCGAGGAAAAAAUCAUGCAGACGCAGUCCGCUCUUCAGGCGAAACAGUCGGAGCUCAACCGGUACCUUCAAGAGAGGGAUCAGCACAACUACUUGGUUGCACAGUGCCGACUUUUUAUUCAGCAGGUGUGCCAGCCUGGAUUCAGCGUCGUGAAGGGACCAUCACUGGAGCCGGUGGAGACGCAACGCCCUGAGCCGACCGGGUUUGUGCUGGUUCCGCUGGCGGUGUUGCUGCACGGCUACGCGCUCCUCCCCGAAGGCGACCGGCAGGCGUUGAUCGACCACUACGAUGGCAAGGCGAAGUCUCUAAAGUGA